UUCUUUUUGACCAUUUCGAUCCUUCCCGCUCCUCCCCUGGUCCCUCCAUCUGCAUAUUCCCUUUAAUGGAGCCGUUGUCAGUUAUAACAGUGAGACAUUGCUAUCUAAGAGACUUUAAGAAAGUUUUAACAUAAUCAUGUCGGACCAUUACGUAUUCAUAUUUUUUUCUCUUUGGAUUACUUCAGCAAAAGCAUUUCAAUAUAGAACGUUACGCAUUAAUUUUAUCUAUAGAUUACCUCCCAAUGAAAGAUUGAACAAAGACGUAAACAUUCUGUGGCGUCCUUUUCCAUGGAACCUCUUUAGGAUUUGAACUACAACGGCUCCGUAGUUUCUUAAUCAGAAAUCAUGUCACUUGCAACCUUCUCAUAUUAUCCAAAUAUAAAAGGUCAAAAGCCACAAGAAAGUCCAUUUCUUUUUAAUUUGUUAAUGGGUAGUUGGACCCUUUUCUUGCGUCUGCAAGCCAUCAGAUAAUCCAGACAAAAUAGACUUUGGCAUGAGGCCUUUUAAGUAUUUUGCUUUGAUUUACAGGAUUAGGAAUGGUGGGUGGUAAGAAAGAGACAUGCAUGAUGAGCUCUGCAACUGCUAACAAGUCUUGCAGGAGAUAGGUAUAAAGAAACUCUAAGGUCCAGUUUGUCUUGAGAACAGGACUUUCUCAAGGUUUCACAGGACAACAAAAGUCAGAUAAAAGCAAUAAAAAAACAUGAUUUUGAUAAUGCCCAUAAGUAGAUGUUAGUGACUAGUGAUCUACUAGACCAGUACUGAUUCAGAGGUCUGUACGUUAAGAAUGAGGUUAAGUUCGCUAAUUUUGUUUCGGUUAUAAAUAAAUAAAGAGUUAAAUAUAUUUCCAGAGUACAGUCAGUGGAUGACGCAUUGGAAUGUGUGCACCUGCAAAAUGUGAGGUGGAGAGGUUCACAGUUCCCACAGUGGUGUAGAAGAAUCUUUCAGUCAGCAAGUCAUUUCAUUAUAUGGUGCAAAAUGGGGGAAUCACAUGAUCUCUGGGAAGAUUAAAGAAGCUGAGAGGGGCAUUUUAAAGGUAUUUAUGAGGAGGCUUGUUAGAUUUAUGUGGUUAUAUAUCGUGGGUGUUCCAGUUAUUUGAGUGGGUUACUGAUGGGAUCAGGAAGAGAAGGAUUUCCCCUGCCCUCUCCUACUGGGGAGGGUAAGGGUGAUCAGAGAGCCAGGAGGAGGAAAUCAGGAGGGGGUAUCACGGUUUCCAUGUACCAUCACAUGAUUGGUAAAGAACAAGUGUUAGGUCUUCAGGAAAACAAUGGCUGUAAAAGCAAUGGUAAUCAUAGGCCAAUUGACCAUAAUCUGAGCAAUGCUGCAGCUCUCAGAGUCUCUACUGCAAACUCCUUAUCUACCCACAAGAAAUUGAGCUCCAAGAGCAUUGGUCAAUUUGAUACUAAACUUCAGAAUGGGGAAGAGGGAGGAGGACUAGCUGGUUCUGUUACCCACAAGAAUUUUAACUCCAAGAGCAUUAGUCAAUAUGGUACUAAACAACAGCAUGGAGAAGAGGGAGGAGGACUAGCUGGUUCUGUUAGUGGAAGAAGGAAAAACAGGCUUAAUUUGGGAGAUGAAAGAGAAAUAAGCCCUCUGAAUUAUCAAAGGCCCAAGGUCAAUCAGGAGGAAGGAAUCCUGAUUGGAGAGGAGUUGGACAGUCCAUCUUCAAUUUGUAAAGUAAAUGCACCCAAAAGAAAGAAUUCUAGGACUGAAGUCACUGAGGGAAUUGCGUUACAGCAGUCUGUGGAUCAGCAGCCAAAUAGUAGAUUGGCUUCCAGGUCUGGAAGAUCCAGCAGAAAUUCUAGAGUUGGAACAGUUGAAACAGGAGGCUGUGAUCUGGGGCAUUUAGAUACAGCAAAAAGAACAAAGCAGCUUAGCCCCUGUAGACCACACAAGCGAAAAACACCCGAACCGAAUGCUGGUGGAAUUCCUCAGGAUGACAACCCUGUUAAACCUUGUACCCUGCCCCCCAUCCUACAUUUUGAUCCCAAGCCAAUCUAUCCCAUCAAUGUUCUUCCAGUUGCACAAAUCGACCCUGAGCCUGUCUACUGCCACAAUGUAUCUCCAAUUCCAAAUUUUGAUUCUGAUGUCAUGUAUACCCACGAUCUUCCUCCAAUUCCACAGCUUCAUUCCGAGUCCAGUUCUCGACAUUCCAAUCCUUCAAUUCCCUCCUCUGCUCCCGAACUUCAACUCACUGAUCUUGAACCUAAUGUUAGCCCAAUCCACCAUCUCUGUCUGGAGGCCACUGAUCACAAUACUAAGCUUCCAGUUUCAUAUCCUUCUCCUCUAGAAGCCGGCCCUCUCCAUUCAAUGGCAUUUGGAAAAAAUGUUGUUCAAGCUCCAGAACCCACAAAAUCAUCACCUUGCUUGCCAAGGCGAACUAGAAGAAGUCAGUGUGAAGAGCCUGAGAGGCUACACUUUCAGUAUAUGGUAGAUUUGAUCAUGUGGACGGAUGCUCCAAAAUCAGCAUUGUUGUUCGGAUUUGGUUCAUUUUGUGUCUUAUCUUCAUCCUUUACUCAGGACUUGCAAUUCAGCUUGGUUACCUUUGUAUCAUACUUGGCCCUUGCAUAUCUAGCUGCUGUUUUCCUUUACAAGACCAUUUUGCGCAGGGGAACAGUUGAACAAGAGAAUAGCCUUACAGAUGUAGAGUUAAUUAGUGAGGCAGAUGCCCUUUGGGUUCUCAGAUCAGCUCUUCCGGUAAUCAAUCUAUCAUUAGCCAAGUUCCAAAAACUUUUUUCAGGAGACCCUGCUACUACAAUGAAGUUGGCUUCUGUUCUGUGGUUGCUAGCAAAGUGUGGGCACACAAUGACAAUCUGGAAUCUGGCAAAGCUUUCUUUCUUUGCCAUCUUCACCAUACCUAAGCUUUAUACACGGUACUCUGCUCAGUUGAAUGGAUAUGGUCUCUCCAUGUUACUUCGGUUUAGAGAUGCGUGGAAUACAUGCUCCCACAAGAAGGGUGUGUUGGUUGCAGUUUUUCUGUUUCUUUGGAAUUAUUCUACAGUCACAGCGCGUUUGUGGGGUGCAUUUAUUUUGAUAGUAGCUCUUCGGCUCUACCAUCAAUCUUUUAAGACAUAUCUUGAAAAUCAGCAAUCUGAUCCUUCAGAGGAAAAUAUCCAAAUUGAAGAGAUACAGGCAGUUGAAGUUUCUAAACUGGAGCUGAUGAAGAUACCACAAGAAGUCUUCUAGAUCACCAUGUUGAAAUCUUCUCCCAAGCAAAUGUAAAGAAUGUUCCGGAGUUAACUUGUCUGCUUUUAUUGGAUUGGAUUCUGGAAAUUGAAUAACCAUGCAACAUCUCUAAAGAUGUUAACUUAUUCCUUUGUUUUUCGUAGUUUCCUUAACUGCUAGAAUCAUAACACAACACUUAUGUAGCUCCUCUUCUCCUUUGUGAAAUCAAAUAAUAUGUCACAAUGUUGAGAUACAGUUGUAAAUUAUUAGCAAUUUAGGUAAGAUGAAAACUUUCUGGGUUAUUGUUUGCCCACUUGAUAUCUUUUUACUGAUUUAAAAAAAAGAAAAAUUUAGAAAA